GCAGGGACCAAGUUGAGGAUAUAGAAAUUUGUGUGUCUAAUAUCAUUCUCAUAUCCUGAAGAGCUUCUCAGAGAGAGAGAGAGAGAAAUGGCAAUAUCUUCCCUUAUUUGCAGGCCACCUCUAUCGAAUGGAUACCCAAUUGCUUUGUUACACUCACAUACCAAUGGAAACUCCCUAAUACCCGUGAGAAGAAGAGAUAUACAAAGGUUAAGAGCAUGUUCUUAUCUGGACGGCGUUCAGUCAAAUGGAAACAUUCCAACAAGUCCUCUCAGUUCAGAAGAGGUUAUUAAAGUCUUGAAAAGCAGUGCGAUUGAUACCUCACAUGCUUCAUCACCACUGAUGCAAAGAUUGGUGCUGUUAGAUUUAGACCCUGGCACAGCAAAACUGGCAAUCAGCUUUCUUGGCCCCUUCCUAUCAGCAUUUGCCUUUCUGUUCAUUUUGAGAAUAGUCAUGUCCUGGUAUCCUAAGCUUCCAGUUGGCAAGUUCCCUUAUGUCAUAGCUUAUGCACCAACAGAGCCCUUUCUUGUCACAACACGAAAAUUGAUUCCUCCGCUCGCUGGAGUUGACGUGACUCCUGUCGUUUGGUUUGGAUUAGUCAGUUUCCUUAAUGAGAUUUUACUAGGCCCUCAAGGGCUGCUUGUCCUCCUUUCUCAAAAACAGGUUUAGCUCCUGCUGCAUUUUACAAAAGUUCUUCUCUCCUUUAGAAUUUUCUGGAAUAUAGAGAAAGAAAUCCUUUUGUCUUGUAGUUGUUCAAUUGCACAUAAAAUCUGUCCAGAUGAAAGUUAACUACUAGGAUCCCUAUUUUGUAUAAUUGGAGUCAGUGCAGCUUGUGGUUCAUCCUUACAAUUUUUACA